AUGCCCGCACGAACUACCGCCCGUUCGAGCAGAACUACUGCUGCGAAAUCAUCGCCAGCUGUCGAAGUAGCAGACACCCCCGAUAAUGCUUUACGGAGCAAAGUUUGUGCCAUCUUUCGGGAUGCACAGAGAACAACAGCAACACACCGAAAGCUUGUUGUGAACCUACGAAAGAUCCAAGAAUCUUGCGCUUAUGAGCCGACGAACCCCGAUGAAUCCCAAGCCAACGAGUUUGAUGAAGAUGCCUUCAAUCACGAAUUUAUACGCUGCGUGAGCAAGAUAAUGCCAAUCAAGAAAUCGGAGAACGUGGGGGAGAAGUCAAUCCGCUUUACAGGCCUGUUCCUACAGCAUGCGAGUGCGAAGGACAAUGAGCUCUUGGGAGAGAUUGAUCAAGAGGCAAGCGUCAUGCCAGAGACUCCUAGCACCCGCCUUACCUCGCAACUUCUUGAGGCCACUCUACCUCUGCAGACCGCCAAGGACAAGGUUGUCCGUUUCAGGUCAACUCAGCUCAUCUCCCACAUCAUCAACUCGCUCGAUGCGAUAGACGAUGAUCUUUUCCAGAAACUACGUCAUGGAUUGCUUAAGAGGAUUCGAGACAAGGAGGCUAUGGUCCGCUCUCAGGCGGUGCUGGGUCUUGGCCGCCUUGCAGGAAAUCAGACAGAAGGCUGCACCAACUCGGAUGAUAGCGACGACAAUGAUACUGGGCUGCUUGAAAAGCUGUUGGAAGUCCUUCAGAAUGACCCUAACGCUGACGUGCGAAGGUCACUCCUGGUCAACCUCCCUAUCUUGCCGGAGACAUUGUCAGUCCUUCUUGAGCGCGCACGAGAUCAGGAUGCAGCAACGCGUAGGGCCGUCUAUUCCCGGUUACUUCCCGCUCUAGGUGAUUUCCGUCACUUGUCUGUCAAGAUGCGAGAGAAGCUUCUCCGAUGGGGUAUUCGCGACAGGGACGAGAACGUUCGAAAAGCUGCAAGCAGACUAUUCCGCGAGCGGUGGAUCGAGGAUUGCGCUGGUGCACCGCCCCAAGAGGACGGUGUGCCUGCAGAGCCAGCGCCUCCCAACUUUGACGGCCUUUUUGAGUUGCUGGAGCGAAUCGAUGUGGUCAACACUGGAGUUGAGAACGGUGUUGCCCUGGAGGCAAUGAAAGGUUUCUGGGAGGGACGUCCAGAUUACCGUGAAACGGUAGAGUUCGAUGAUAACUUCUGGGAGACCCUGUCUGCCGAGUCCGUCUUCAUGGCAAGGAGCUUCAACGAGUUCUGUCGUCUCGAGAGCGACGGCAAAUAUCUGAACCUCUUAGAAGAGAAACUGCCUGAGGUCACUAAGCUGGCUUUCUACUUAGAACGAUACCUUCACGUUCUGAUUACGGCUGUUAAGAGAGUAGCUGAGGCAGACGAAGAGGACGAGGAGGAAGACACUGUAGAGCAGGAGUUUAUUGUUGAGCAAAUGCUCCAAAUCGCCUUGACUCUCGACUAUUCCGACGAAGUAGGACGACGCAAGAUGUUUACCUUGCUUCGGCAAGCCAUUUCAAUCCCCGAUCUGCCAGACGAAGUCACCAAACUUGCCGUCGAAGCUCUCCAAGGCAUAUGUUCUCCGGAUGCUGCCGGGGAGCGAGAGUUCAUUAGCAUUGUUCUCGAGUCUGUGGCAGAUGUCCACGACACGAUUAUUGAUGACCCUCCGGCAGACGAGGCCGAAGACAGCUUCCAUUCAGCCAGAUCAGAGGUCAGCGGCCAGAGCACGCCAACUAAGGGAAGUAGGCGAGGCGGUACCCCUGAAUUGAGCGAGGAAGAAGUGCGCGAUAAGGCUGUUAAGGAGAUUGUUGUUAACAUGAAGUGUUUGCAUAUCGUUCAAUGCAUGCUCACUCAUGUUUCGAGCAACCUUCAGGACAAUACCGAUCUUGUGGCAAUGCUUAACAAUCUUGUCGUCCCAGCAGUCCGCAGUCAUGAGGCACCCGUCCGUGAACGAGGCCUACUAUGCCUUGGUCUUUGCGCUCUUUUGGAUCGCUCGCUUGCCGAGGAGAACAUGAGUUUAUUCAUGCACUUUUUCAGCAAGGGUCACAGCGCACUUCAGAUCACAGCCCUGCACAUUCUAACAGAUAUCCUCAAUGUGCACGGCGCGCAGCUCCUUUCGUCCACGCCUGGGCUGUUGAAGGUCUAUGUCAAGGCCGUCAAGGGUGGCGCCAAAGCACCUGAAGUUCAAGCUGUCGCUACUGUCGCAGCUUCAAAACUCUUGCUAGGCCGUGUUGUCAGUGAAGAAGCUGCAUGCCAGGACCUCCUCAAAUCACUCGUUGUCGCCUACUUUGACCCCUCGUCCGCAUCCAAUCAAACUGUCCGACAGGCGCUGAACUAUUUUCUGCCUGUAUUUUGCUUUUCUCGACCAGAAAACCAAGAUCUUAUGCGGUCCAUCGCACUUGACGCAAUUCACUCCUUGUUCAAUCUUCGCGAAAGUUUGGAGGACGACGACGUGGAUGUUGGAGAAGACAUGGUCAGCAUGACUGCCAUCGGAGCUUGCCUCGUGGACUGGACCGAUCCACGAAAGUGUUAUAGCCCCACGAGUCUACUGGAUACCGACAAGAAGCUUGUCAAUGGAGAUGUGCAUUUAGAGUUUGCUAUGGAUAUCAUAGACAAGUUGUCAGGCAAUAUUACAAAGGAGGAAAAGAAGCUUAUCGCCACGCUUCUUGGAAAGCUUCACGUUUCUCCUGGAUCAAGCGAGGAGAAGCUUCGCGAGGCCUAUAACGAGGUCAGCGUCGCUGUUCAGGACGGCCUGCUAUCUGAUACUACUAGCCGUAACGCGCUCUACAAGAUUCAUGUUAGCUUGGGCAAGAUUGUGAACGCUCUUGAUGAGCAACAACCAGCCUACCGACGUAGCAGCAGGAGCAUGUCCACGACUCUAGAUCAGCAAUCACCCGAGGAAGACAGAACAACGACUACAGAGGAGCCAAGCAUCAAGGAGGAAGAUGAAGAGAGCGAUGACACCGUAAUUGCCAAGGAUGAUAGAGAAUCACUGGUAGACGACCUCUUAUCUGAUGAGGACGUAGAGAUGUCGGGGGUCUAA